CCAAGUGGUAAGAAGUUCAGAAGCAAGCCUCAGUUGGCAAGAUACCUGGGAAACACUGUUGAUCUCAGCAGUUUUGACUUCAGAACGGGAAAGAUGAUGCCCAGUAAAUUGCAGAAGAACAAACAGAGACUAAGGAAUGAUUCUCUCAAUCAAAAUAAGGGAAAACCAGACUUAAAUACAACUUUACCGAUCAGACAAACUGCAUCAAUUUUCAAGCAACCUGUCACCAAAGUUACCAAUCAUCCUAGUAACAAAGUACGAUCUGAUCCACAGCGAGUGACAGAGCAGCCACGACAGCUUUUCUGGGAGAAGAGGCUACAAGGCCUCAGCGCAUCGGAUGUCAGUGAACAAAUAAUAAAAUCCAUGGAGCUACCUAAAGGUCUUCAAGGAGUUGGCCCAGGUAACAAUGAUGAUACCCUGUUAUCAGCUGUUGCUAGUGCUUUGCACACCAGUUCUGCACCUAUCACGGGGCAGCUCUCUGCAGCUGUUGAGAAGAACCCAGCUGUCUGGCUUAAUACAUCUCAACCCCUCUGCAAAGCUUUCAUAGUCACAGAUGAUGACAUUAGAAAACAAGAAGAGCGGGUGCAACAAGUGCGUAAAAAACUGGAGGAAGCACUAAUGGCAGACAUUUUGUCACGAGCGGCUGACACAACAAAAGAUAUAGAUGUAGAAAUGGAUAAUGGAGAUGAAGCAUAA